GAAGCGGAACAUAUGCGUGUGCCGUGGAGUGUGCGUUGAGCCAGUCCGCCUGAGCUCUGCCUUCUGGAGGGAUGUGACCCCGGAACAGGACGCCCUCUUACAACAACACCCCAUUCAAACAGACCACAGAAAAGAGUAAAGCUGGACCAGGAGGGAGCCACAGGAGCAGGGGGGAUGAACCGCGAGGAGGCGCCGGGGAAGUCUCCUGAAGAGAUUUACAUCCAACAGAAAGUGCGGGUCCUGCUCAUGCUUAAAAAGAUGGGAUCAAAUCUUACGUCGAGUGAAGAGGCUUUUCUCAGAACGUACGCAGGUGUGGUCCACAGUCAGAUGAGCCAGCUACCGCAGCACAAUAUAGACCAGGGUGCAGAGGACGUGGUGAUGGCAUUCUCAAGGUCAGAGACGGAGGAUCGGCGACAGUGACCCCGGCUUCCCCCUCCACACACUCGCACACACACACACAUACUAAUCACUUCUUUAUGUGAACCACAACAACACGCUACGGCACAAACAACACACUGAUGAGCUAAGGAGAGGAGGGCCGUCAGCGAGGGGGAGGAGCAGGAGAGGAAAGAGGCAGUUUGUUUGGUCUCACAGUCCACUCAGCCUUUCACACGUCAUCCUGUCCUCACACACUUCGACACACCUUUACCCGAGAUGCACUCGAGUGGCUCCCCGCAGGCUGAGGCCUUGACAAUAAGGCAGUCUGUGAAAACACUCGUAAAUUGUGUGGAUGAUUUAUUUUAUUUUGUUAGAUUGUUUAGCGGUGGUAGAUUGUUGUUGUUGGAUGGUGUUAAAUCUGCCCGGUAACCGGUCCUGAGCGGUGUCACAAAAGAGAGAUUUAACGUAUUUCUGCUUUUACCUUAACAGGGAUGUGACUGGUUUUUGGGGGUCUUAGCUGUUGUGUUAAAGGCUUUUAUUGUUAUGCAGUAGGAGCUUCUUUUAUCAGAAACAUGAAGUAAUCAUGUUCCUCUGGAGUUUAAAAUGUGGAUGUUUCUGUUCAUAACAAAUCUAGGGAAAUGGGUUCAUUUUCUCUCAAUUUAGUUCUAAUGGUCAGUGAAAAAAAAUGAAAGUAUGGGUUUAACUCGAGAUCAUGUUUAUUCACUGCUGUCCUGUUACUGGAAAGUUAGUAAUAAUCCUAAAAGAUGCUUUUAAAAAAAGGAGUAAGAGCAUAAAAACAUCCUGUUGCGUUCCAUAACAACAGCGGUUUGUAUUCAGGCCAUAAAUGUGUAACAGGAUUGUUUAAAAUUUUGAUUUAAAUUCAGAUUACAGCCUGUUAUUUUCCAUUUAAGGGGAUAGUUCAGACACUGAGACGUGAUUCUGAGUAAAAGUUUACUUUUUUACCCCUUGAAUUCAAAAGUGGUUUACUGCUGUCUUUAAACAGCACCAGUGCCCUAACUUUCAAAGAAGUUCAUGCAAAGAUUGUUACAUAAACCUUUCCUCGGUCUUCAGUGCAUGCCAGAAACCCAUCUCUGAGUCUUGUUCACGAGUGAGGGAAAUGUGGAGCAUGAGAUCGAUGGGCAGAUUGGUGUUGCAUCACAGCGUUCUAGUCUGUCGUGGUGAAGAGAGAGCUGAGCCCUCAACUAUGGUCACGAGCUUUGGGUGGUGACCGAAAGAAUGAGAUUGUGGAUACAAUUGGCUAAAAUUAGUUUUCUCUGCAGGGCAUCUGGGCUCUCUCUUAGAGAUAGGGUGAGAAGCCCAGUCAUGACGGAGGAGAGGGAAGUCUCUGCCUCUCUGCUUAGGUUGCUGACCCCGCGACUCGACUCCGGAUAAGCAGACGGUAAUGGAUGGAUGGUGUUUUUGGCAGAAAACAAAAUCGCUGCUCGUCUGCAUUUAUUGAUGCUCCAAAUAAGCUCUGUGCUUCUAAAUACUGUCGCUUGAUUUCCUACAAAGUUUAGAAGGCUGGCACAGUUUUAGGAUGGCAGCAAUCCACUUUGGUCUUGGCUUCUUUUAUACUAGCUGUUAGCUCAUCAACCUUGAGGAAUUAGAAGCUAUUUCACCAAACUGAGGUCAUUCAGAAAGCAGCGGGUUAAAUGGUGAUUAUUUAGAACGUUUACACCAAGAACACCGAUGCGAUGCACAAGUCUCUGACCUUCACACACAACCACAGCUGUAGCAGGUGUCCUCAGCAUCCAUCCCAUGCUGCUAACUGCUGCUCGUUUUCUUCAAUCAGCCAGAAAAAAGAACAGAAACAAAGCUGAAUCCACUCCGUUUUCUGAUCUGUAAGAUUUUAAUCUCGUCUCUAGUAUUUUAUCGACAGGCGAAUUGAUGCUGAGUACUGACAUCGAACCUGAAGUGAAUCAUUCACGUUGAGUUCACAGUGUGGGGUAACUCGUCUCCUGGGAAAGUCAAUGAUAUUUAUGAAUGAGAACCACGUGAAGGUCGGGGGGCUUUUGUUUGUGUGUGAGUGUGUGUACAAUAUAACGGUGAGGAAAUGCGCAAUACAUAACACUACCAGACAAAAUGUAAUUAAUGAAUCACAGAGACGCAUUUCCAUCCCAGACAAAUAUUUCCCCCUUUUUUUGUGUUAUUGUGACAAGCAAACCCUUAAUAUUUUAAAUUGUACAUAAAGUUAAGUAGGCCGAUAAGAACAAACGCGUGCCAGCUCUGUUUUUUUAAUGUAGGAUGAGCUUACCACAAGGGAUGAGCUGUAAAUGUAAUUUAUUGCUUUCUGAGUUGAAACGCUGUUCAUCAGAAGGUAGAGAAGAUCAGGAGUUGCGACUCCUCAUUCACACUAAACUCACCCUUACAAAUUCUCAGCUACCUGAAAACAUGAAGCCAAACAUCAGAACUGUGUGCUAGUUUUGACUGUGCUGUAUCUCUUGCACUAUUAUCUGCGGGAUGUUUGUAAAACAUACAUUUAAAUAUUUAGCACGGCAACUCCCUGUUUGGUUUUUAAAAACUGGACUUUGUAAACUUUGUUUUUGUUUUUUAUCUUAAAAAUAAUGAUUCAAUGGGAUUUAAAAUAAAUGACUAUUUGUUAAUUGAAACGUUUUUCUAGCGACAGGCGGAAUAUUUAAUUUGUCUUAAGUACAGGUUAUAAAUUAGUGAAACGAGUGCGACGUUUUAACGCCGAGCGUGUCGGCCGAGGAUCUUUGAAGCCGUGCCAGGAUGAUUGUCGUUUGUACAUUCUUCAUAUCUGUGGAAGCUUUUUGGGGGGAUUUUAUUUCUACUUUUAUUUUCUCUAGUAUGAAAAAGUGUUAAGGCAAUAAGUUAUUUUUGAAUGUCUUCAACAAUCACCACAAUGUAAACAGCCAUCAGGUCUGUAGCUCGAUGUUAUGUUUACUUUUAUUAUAAGGCGUUUUUCUGUUUGUCUAUGCAUUGUUGUUUUUAAGUGACUUACUGUACAGGGUUGCUCUACAGCCUUCCACGUGUAAAAUAAUGGGUGAGUGUGGGCAUGCAUGCGCGCGCGCGUGUGUGUGUGUGAUAAUUUUUGAACUUAAAAAGAAAACUCCCUGUUUGAUUUCCACCAUGCUGUUGCAUCGAGGCUUUUAUUGUGUAUCUUCUUACUGUGACUUCAUGUUGCCUACAUGUUUUUUAUUAUUAUUGUUUAUUUUGUUGUCUUGGCUUUGUAUUUUAUUUUUGAUGAGUUGGUUUUGUUUUGUUUUGUGUGGCUGCUGCUGACCAUACAGAUCCAAUGCUUCCAAAUCCAUCUGAACCAUUAAAGAACUUUUAAAGAGUAAAAUUC